AUGCCAGACAUACCUUCCGUGACGGCUCGUGAGAUGCUCGACUCCCAGCGACGUUCUCACGUGGGGGAUAUCCACCAUCAUCUCCGAACCAGUGGCAUUCUGAAGAUACGCCUCCAGUUUCCCGAUGACGAUAGCCAAUAUCUGGAGCGCAUCAUACUUAAUCUUUGCGCUCAUCACGGGCAUGGGCCUCCUACACGCCACAGCGCUUCCCGAGGCUGGUUCUGGGAUGUUCGCCCCAGCUCUGCUGGCCUAGAGACACGAGUUCCCCUAGCAGUGUCAGAAACCAUGCAAGAGUUCCAGUGGCACACUGACUGUAGCUACGAGAGCGCACCCCCGAAAUACUUUGCGCUUCAAGUUCUGCAGCCUGAUCGUUACGGUGGGGGUACCCUGUCCCUCAUGACGAUUGCCAAGCUUGCGCAUCACCUGUCCCCGGCUGUACAGAAAGCUCUAUUCGAACCGGAGUUCAAAAUCAAAAUUCCUCCUGAAUUUUCUAAACAGCCUGACCAACAGCACAUAAUGGGGAGCAUCCUUGGAUUGGACAAGAUGGACAAUUCGCUGGUAGUGAGGUUCCGGGAAGACCUGAUAGAGCCCAUGAACCCCAGGGCUGCGGCAGCAUAUGAGGAGCUGAAGGUUGCGUUGAAUUAG